ACAUUUUCAGAAAAUGCGUAGAAAUUCUUUGACUAACAUGCUCGGCGAGUUUGUCGGAUUCAAUCGAUCUCCAGGAGCACGGCUCUCAUCGCUUUCGAAUCAAGAGCUCAAUCAAGCAGUUAAGGAUGAAAAAAAGUCAUUUAAGGAACAAGAAGCCGAACGCCCAGAAAAGAGAAAGCCACGUCAGAGAUACUUGUCAGAAGGAGACAUCCGCGUCGUUUCAGCCCAUCCUGUUUCAGUCAGCGAAUUGAAGAGAGGAAUCAGUGGAAUAGAUCGAACAUCAGUGACAGUAUCUGGAAACCCUGGUGGAGACGAAUCGUCUGUUAAUGUGGUGAUGCGAGUGAAGAGUCCAAAAAUGAGAGAUCGUCCGACGAGCUUGAUCGAGAGAAUCCGCAGAAAGAUCAGCUAUACAAAGACUGGAGCAAUCAUUGAAUCCGACGAAGAGAAGGAUCAUAUUGAUGAGGUGGAGCUCGGAUUCUCAAAUCGCAGGGAUUCGAUUCGUUCUGAGCGAUUAUUCAUUCCAAUUACUCCAGUUGAAGCUGUUCCGAUUCGAAUUGUUCAAGUAACAAACUAAUGAAAUCGAAACCAAAUGUUUGUCCUCAGGAACUUUCUAAUGAUCUCUCUUUGUACCGCAUUCUGUAUCUUUUCAUCAAUUCUCUUGUCACUUUGUAUAUAAUGCUUUCUCAAUGAAUCUUUGAAAU